AAUAAUUCGCCUCUGAGGCAACUGGAAGACUUUGGCUCUUAUUAACAUCAUACACUUAAUUCUGAACAUGAUUAUUCCAUCUUCACAAAACCUUUCAAUAUAUUUCACCACGCCUGUUAGCAUUCCGUUUCGUUACUUUAUUUUGAAAAAUAUUCUCAAUGUGAAUUAAUUCACCUAAAAUUUUAGGCAGUUUUGAAAGGCGUAAAGAUAUCCGUAGUCGCCUGAGACUCUGUGGUAGCGAUGCUACGGUCGGGGGCCGCGUGGGUGGGAGAGAGCGGAGUGUCGGUGCUGGCACGCGCGGCAGACCGGCCGUCUGUGGCAGCUCUCAACCCCAUACUGUUCCCUCAGCUCAGUUCCGGGCAAUGUGUUCAGGUGAGCGGUGAUGCAGGCAGCGGCUGCUCCCUACUUCUGUACGACCUCUUGGCGAGCGCCCUCCUGCCCUCCUGCUGGAGAGGUGUAGAGCUGGGCGGGUGUGGGGCACAUGCCGCCCUCCUGGACACCGACCUGCGUUUCUGUGUCCUGCAGCUCUCCGUCAUUGCAGAGGCCCGCGUCAGGAGGAAGCUGAGGGCUGUCCGAAUACGACUUAAAUCUGAGUUGCCAUUGUCAGACCCGCGGCAGACAACCUCUCCUAACACGCCUGGAGAGAUUUGCGCUGAACUCCCAUUAGAAAAUAAGGUUACUCCUGUUGAAUGUAAUCAAGAUGUGAAAUAUUGUAAUGCAGCUUCUUGUUCGGUGUCUGGUGUUGCUGAACCACGCAGAGACAAAUCAACUGAUGUCUUUGAUGAGCGCAAAUCGGGAGGCGAUUCAAGUAGAGAGUUCACUCUUCAAGGCUCAUCGGAUUGCUCUCGUCUGGCUGCGCAGGCAUGGAUUUUGAAGACAUCCAGAGCUAAACUAAAGCGUUUGAUAAAAGAUCUUCUCGCAAGUUGUCUUGCGAAUUUUUUAUACUUGAAAUGUACGUACAGCGCUCAAUUUGCAACUACACUUCUGUCUCUAGAUACGCUGCUGGCUACACAUCCUAAGGUGUCUCUCAUUUGUGUCGAUAGUCUCUCGAACUUUUAUUGGCAUGAUCGAAGCUUUGAUUUCGAAACGUGGAAAAACACGGAACAAUAUUACAACAAAAUCACAAAAUUCGUCAUGGAUUGUGUUGCAAAGAAUGGCGUGAUAUUAGUCGGCGUCCAACAAAUUUUAUUCGCAAAACAAAAACAGCAUUCAGAGCGCUCGGGCUCUGACCCUGAGUCAGACUACGAACAUUACGACUUCUUGGGCAAGUGUUGGGCCGGCGGCGUGCGGUAUAAGGUGAACAUCAAGCGGACUCGAGGGUGCGGACGUCGUGACUUCGUCGUAUCCGAGCCUGCCAAGGCGCCGAGGACGGUGAAGGCUCUCUUCCGAGCUGAAGGCAUCACUUGGCUGUCGAGUGAAUAAGUGCAUUAUUAUAGUGUUACUCGUGGCGGUCGUUAGUCUGCAGCUCAAUUGGCCAGGAUUGUUGUUCCCGAUGCUUUUUCUAUCUGGAGCAGUACACCUUUACCUUACUGCCUUCACAUUUAGUCAUGUCUCAAUAAUGAUUGCCUUUACAUUUGGAACAAUUCUUGUAGCCUUGGAUUAUUGCCUCUACAUGUAGGGGAUUUCCUAAGUAAGUGGAGUGUUGGCACUGCAUUUGACGAAACACUUAUGAACCUGGAGCAUUGUCAGUGCUUUUGGAAAAGUACAUUGAAGAUAUGAGCGUUUAUUUUUUACUUGGGGUAGUGCAUGCCUUGACCAUGGCCUUGACUACCAUAAUAGUGUUCAUACACUUGAAGUGUGGCCUCUAGGCCUUUAUUAGGUCCUCAAUGCUAGAACGCAUCGACGAAAAGUUUCCGGUAAAAGGACAGAUGUUUGUUUGUAUUGUGAGGAGGAGGAAAAAACUGAGAUUUGGUCCGAAUGAUUUUUAUUGCAAUUAUGAACAUUUUACAACAACCGAGAGAAGCUGACCAGACAACCCGCACAUAACUAUGUAAGAAAUAUCAGUGUCCUGGUUACUUCUUGUGAUGUAUCAGUGCUACCGUGACUGCAUCUGGUCUAUCAGUGCUACCGUGAGUGCAUUUGAUUUAACACUAAGGGCCAAAGUAUCAGUGCGGCUAUGAUUACGGUAGAAUGUUUUGGCAUUACAGUGAUCUUAUAUUGUGUUGCAGUUGAUUUAUUAGUGU